UAAGAAAGAAAAAAUGUUAUUCAUCGCUAAUUAGUAACUCUUUGAAAUUUUCAUUCAAGUGUAACAAAAAGUUAUUGUCUACAGUCUGGAUUCUAUUUGAACAAAUAUAAUAAUCAUGUUUGGUUGUAAUGCAGUCGUGUUUCACUAUGAGGUCCCUUCUCAAGGGUGUAACAUAAUUUAUAAUUGUAUUAAAACCUUCUUUGGCCUACCCAGUAAUUGGAGACCUUAGAAGACACCUUAAAGACUUUUUAUUUCACCUUGAACUUGAAUACCAAUUGAAAUCACAUCCGUUAUUUUAGCCAGUCUGUAUUGAACUACUGAACAGUUACUUACUCCUAUUCUCAUUAAAAUUCAACACUUUCUCAGGCUGGCGUCAAGUGGUAGUUUAAAUGAUAUACUAGUUUUUAGUUUCAAAUAAAAGUUUUAUCCUACUAAGUGUUGUUUUUAGUUAUAAUGAGUGUGAUUAGUAAACAAAUUUUCUAUGAUGCUGUCAAAGGUGUUGACUGUGAACAAAUGAUGCAUCCUUGGACUUCGAACUGUUACAAAUCAUCUUUCCAGCAUAUAUUUUAUUCCAUCAAGGGAACAGGAAAAUUCUAUCUCAUCAUAUACAUACUCCAACUUCUUGUGAAAGGAAAUAAGUUAAGAUUGGAUGAUAUCAAGCAACAAUCUUUGCAAUUAUUGCAAUCCACUUUGUUUGGUUCAGUAUUUGUUAUUACGUUUGUUGCAUCAAACUGUUUCUUUAGGAAUGCAAUGGGUAGAUUCCACUAUUACAUUUUUCCUGGCCUUACUAGUGCUUUGAGUGCUGUUAGUAUAUUUUUGGAAAAUCCGAAAAAGAGAGGUGUGACAGUUACUUCGUUUCUGUACUUGAUGUUUGAAGUGUUUGUCCGUUACUUGGAAGAGUUUAACUACAUCCACCGAACGACAGGCUUUGAAACAUUUGUGUUCAUGAUCUGCAGUGCGGCUCUGCUUUAUCUAUUGAGAAUUGUCAAACAUCAAAAAUCGAAUCUUUGGUUUUUCUUACCACCAUCGUUCGGAAAAAGUAAAAUUACUGAUGAUAAACGCCAUUAUUGUCCUCAUCGUGGGAGUUGCUGGGAUGAUAUAAUCAAUAAUACCGCAAAAUACUUCGGAUUUGGAGUACUAGUUCAAUGGCUCAGAGCCACUGUACCGAAAUUUCGAAAAAUUCUCAAAGAGCCAUCAUUACUAAAUCCUUUCAAUUUGAAAACUCUGAAACUAGGUGUCUUCACUGGAUUGUACGUUAUGACUUAUAAGAUGACAAGCUGUUUUCUAUGUAGAUACAGAAAGGAAGACUCGCCCCUACAUGCUAUUCCCAGUGGACUAUUAGCUGGAUUAGCUUACAUCAUCCGUCCAGAUCUGACAGUUAUUCUUAUAGCUAUUUGUAACUUGUUAACGUUAUCCGAGUAUCAUUUCAAAGAUAAAGGACUUCUUCCAAAAUGGCCUUUUUCAGAGGUGGCUUACAUAAUUGCUUCUGGCAUUCUGUUCCACAGUCAAAUGGUAAUUCCGAAUUGUACACCAAAGCAGUUUGUCAACUUGAUGCAUUCAUUUUCUUAUGGAAAGUCCACAGAGAUCAAUAAGAGACUAUGGGACUACAUCGCAAAAAGCCAAGAGCUGAAAAAAUUGGCAUCCUUAUGAAGGGAGCUGAGUCAUAUAACUGUGUGGAUAUUGGAAACAUUAUUUCGAGUGUUAAGUACAUUGCAAACGACAAACGAUUACAUAUUAAAACGGUAUAUUAUUAUGUGAUAAAUAUAUAUUAUACAUUUUUU